AUGGGGAGCUUCGUGCCUUCCGCCGAGGACUACAAGCCCAACUUCAAGACGCCAUGGAUUGAGACUCCUCUCGUCGAGUCGGCGGCUCUUUCUCGUGCCGCUGGAUGCCGCAUCUUCCUGAAGCUGGAAAAUGUCCAGCCUAGUGGUUCUUUCAAGUCCCGUGCUAUGGGCAACCAGAUUCUUUCUCACCUCCGGAAACCCGAAUACGCCAACCGCCGGGUUCACUUCUAUGCCUCAUCCGGAGGAAACGCCGGACUGGCCGCUGUGUGCGCUGCUCGCAGCCUGGGAUACCCUUGCACCGUCGUGGUGCCCCUAUCGACCAAGCCCUUGAUGAUCGAGAAGCUCAAGGCAGCCGGCGCUGCAGAUGUUAUCCGUCAUGGAGAGACGUUCUUCGAAGCUGGCUCAUACAUGAAGGAUGUCAUUAUGAAGACUAGCUCUGGUGACGAUGAGGACGUGGCCAAGAUUGCCCUUCACCCAUUUGAUAACCAGCCUAUCUGGGAAGGAAACAGCACUAUUAUUGACGAACUGGAGAAGCAACUCCCUGCUCCUGCCAACUCCGACGAAGAGGAAGUUUACCGCGGGCGGGCGAUCCCUCUGGAUGCAGUCCUCUGCAGUGUCGGUGGCGGCGGUCUCCUCAACGGUAUCGUGAUGGGCCUUGAGAAGCGUCGAUCCCAGAAGCAGGUCGUCCAGAGCGGUUCCUCUACCACCGGCCACGCAUACAUGGACAUCUCUACCUCCGAAACCAACACUUCGCGCCCCGUGGCCACCGAGCCCAGCCCCAUCCACCUCCUCGCCAUCGAGACUGACGGCACAGACUCGCUAGCCGCUGCCAUCGCCAACAACUCCCUCGUCUCCCUCCCCAAGAUCACAUCCCAGGCCACCUCUCUCGGUGCCAUCCGUGUUUCGGAAACCACCUUCCAAUACGCCGUUGCUCCUCCACCAGGCAUCAAAGUCCACAGUGCCGUCCUCACGGACGCCGAAGCCGCCCGCGGUGUCCUCCGUCUCGCAGACGACGAGCGACUCCUAGUCGAGUUGGCCUGUGGUGUCUGCGUCGAGGCGGCCAUCGGCGAUACUGCCGCUGCCGCUGCUGAAGCCUCCGCAUCGGCGAACGCCGUGGCCGAGGGUCAAAGCAACAAGAAGCGCAAGAGGGGUCCUAACGAGUCCGUCCCUGACCGGGAUGAGGGCUACGGCGAUGACCGAUGGUCCACGACGGAUGUUGAUAACGAGACUGAUCCUGAGAUGGAGACAGAGGUCGGCGACUGCACCAAGUCGGCGCCUCCCAUUCUCAACUCUAAGCUUAAGCAGUUGGUGCCGGACCUCAACGAGCAGAGCAGGGUUGUCAUCGUCGUUUGCGGUGGAAGUAAUGUUACUAUCGACAUGGCCAGCGAGUAUAGACGGCUGUUGUCGGAGGGUUGGGUUUAA